AGGAGAGAAGGAGGAAAAAAAAAAUCAAAUCUCAACAAGAGGCAUUUCUGGAUGGACAAAGAGGAUGAGAGCGACACAGUAGCGUCCAUAGGCACCGGAGGGAGUCAGGGAGACCUCGGGCUUUAGGAGUGCGUGACUUUGUGCGUCUCGGCAAGGAAACCGCGUGGAGAGAAGCGGUAAGUGAGCAGAAACCGUGAAAACACCUGCGCCAAUACGGGUACCUCCGAAGGAUGUAUGAAGAUGCCUUUCAGUUCCCAAGAGACGUAGACGCAGCUGACACUUGGUGAAAACUUUGGACAGAAACCUUACAGAGCUGUUGUCUUUUUAUUUUGAAUUACUGAUGCCAAACUUCAGAAACUUUACAUCCAAGCCAAACAGAUCAUUCGUUGGGCUGUAGCUUCUGGUCAGGGCAGUCAUCAAAACAGUAGCUUAAAAUUAGUCAGGACAUCUGUCUCUGUACUUGUCAACACUUUUUCUGAACAAAUGUGAAUACAGUAAGAAGAAGAAGAAGUAUCUACGUGUUCCAUUAUUUAGUACAUUUUUGUGAUUAGAAAAUAUCAGCACUAAUAUUCCAUGAUUUGGAAUGGACCAAGAGCUGACCUUCAUUCACAUGCUAUCACACACUUGGAACUGGGCUGUCACUAGGCACUGUGAGCUACUGACUCCUGGGAGCCUCAACCCUCCCCAAUGAAGCAGUCUUGGUGGGCCCACCUGGCGCAGCUCGGCCUGCUUGCUGCCUGGACCUGUAUAUGGCUGGUCCAGGGAUGUGGACCAGGCCCUGGGUAUGGCAUCCGCCCCAGGCCCAGGAAACUCACAGCCAUGCACUACAAGCAAUUUUUCCCUAACUUCUCAGAGAACAACCUCGGGGCCAGCGGGAGAGCAGAGGGCAAGAUCACACGCAACUCGGAGCGCUUCAAUGAACUUGUGUGCAACUACAACCCAGACAUUGUCUUCAAAGAUGAGGAGAACACCAACGCAGACCGCUUCAUGACUAAGAGAUGCAAGGACUGUUUGAACAGGCUGGCUAUCGCAGUGAUGAACCAGUGGCCAGGGGUACAUUUACGUGUGACAGAGGCCUGGGAUGAGGACGGUCACCAUCCUCCUGGCUCCCUUCACUAUGAAGGCCGGGCUGUGGAUAUAACCACUGAUGACAGAGAAACAGAGAAGUACGGCCUCCUCGCCCAGCUGGCUGUGGAGGCUGGUUUUGACUGGGUCCACUAUGAAUCCAAAUAUCACAUCCACUGCUCAGUUAAAGCUGAUCAUUCUGUUGCAGUGGAAAAAGGUGGCUGUUUCCCAGGCUGGGCCCGGGUGACUGUAGCUGGAGGGGGACAGAAGAGUCUGUCAUCACUGGCUCCUGGGGACAGAGUCAUGGCCCUGUCUGGGACAGGCCAAGUUGUGUUUAGCCAAGUCCUCUUGUUUCUGCACUGGGACCAGGAAAGCUGCUCUAAUUUUCUGUCUUUGCAGACAGAAGAUGGCCAUACAUUGACCCUUACUCCACAUCACUUGGUCUUUUUAGCCACCCACUGCAUACUCGACAGCAGUGAGUACCAGGCUCAGUUUGCUAGCAGAGCCAAGACAGGAGACUGUGUUCUCAUCCAUACAGCAGAGGGUCAAGUGCAGCCAUCUCGAAUCAUCUCAGUUUCAGUAGAGGAGAAUGUGGGAGUGUACGCGCCCUUGACAGAAGCUGGAACUUUAUUUGUAGAUGGGGUGCUGGCAUCUAGCUAUGCACUGGUGGAGGACCACAGACUCGCACACUGGGCAUUUGGACCUCUGCGACUCCUCUCCUCAUUCAGCCAGAUACUUUUGGAGGAGACGACACAAGAACAGCAGACCACUGACCGUGAGACAGCUUGCACUAAGACUCCAUGUCACUGUAGCGCUUUGGCUACAAAGGACGAAGCAGGUGUGCAUGUGGAUAAUGGCAUUCUGAUUAAACCAGACAAUCUGAGUAAACCUCUGUGGAUGGGAAUGAAUGAGAAGCACUCUUUACAAAGACAGAAUUCAGGUGUGCACUGGUAUGCUAGAUUACUCUACAGUUUGGGAUGCAUCUUUUUAGAUUCCGGCUCAUUUCAGACUUAAAUGCCUACAACUACUGACUUAAUACAUGUCUAUCUGCAAAUUCCAAUCAUUUACUCCUGACACUUUGUUCUUUUCUUCAGUAAAUUAAAACCAUCACUGGGAUGACUUGCUUGCUUUCUUCAUUGUUUGUAUUAUAAUCUAUCAUAAUGACACAUAUAUUAAUAUACUUUAUAUCAAAAUAAAUUUAAUAAAACAGGUUGUCUAAACGGUUAAAUGUACUGUAAAAAUGUGUAAUACCAAAAAUGACUGUAUCAUAGUUUAUUUGUACAUCAUGUUACUACUUUUAUGUAAAAAAAUAUAUAUAUAUUCUAACAGGAUAAGGAUGAAUUUUGGCACAAUAGAAUCUCUAUUUUUGUACAUGCUGAAUCAUAAUAUAUGUGUUUCAUUUUAUUAUAAUUCCACUACAUGUAUGUCUUCACUUGUUUUCAUGUUAUAAAACA